UGUGAUUUGCUGCAAUCCGCCAUCCUAUGGAGCUGAUAUCCCAGAUAAAAGGCAAGAGGCUUGCUUGUGCUUGUAUGCUUUAUUUGUGUGCGAGGCAAGGUGGGUGCCCUUUGGGAUGAGCCGCGCCGCGACAGAAUGCGUUACACAGCCGGUGAACCCGGCCAAUAUGGCCUGUUGGACAUGCAGCGUCCAAGGGCGUGUGACUCUGUGCGGGCCCUGCGUUUUGACCGGCAAGGCUUUUGAGCCGAGCCCUGGAAGUCCUUGGCAAUGUGUAUGGGCAAAGCCUGCUCCAAGAGGCUGGGCCAGAUGCUGGCUCUUCAGCUGUGAUGCUGCUCCUGCAGCAAAUCAUCGGCGAUGCGAAAGUGCUGCAAGCUAAAGCUGAAACAGACUUCGAAGCAGCAGUGAAGGACUACAAGCAGUUCAAGGAUGAUGCCACAGUGGCUAUCACCACCAAGGAACAGAGCCUGGUGGAUUUGGGCGUCGAAAAGUCUGAAAGCAAAGCAGACCUCCUGGAAGCCCAUGCGGAGGCCACUGAGCUUGAGAAGGAGUUGGCCUCCUUGGGAGAGACCAAAGCUGCACUCAGGGAGGAGUGCGACUUGCUCAUGAACAAGUUUGACCUCCGGCAAGAAGCGCGGGAACAGGAGAUCGACGCCUUGGUGACGGCCAAGUCGAUCCUCAGUGGCAUGAAAGUCGAGUAGAGCUCAUGAGUGGUGCAGCUUCGGGACACGUGGAGUGAAGAGUGCGAAGGGGGCGACCCGUUGCCAAAUCUGCGCCAGAAAAAGCAAACAAUGCCAAUGAAGCGUGCCUCACCAGCAGUGGUCCAAGUGGGAUUGAACAUUGCCGCGCAAAGCUCGGGGUUGCUGCUUGUGUUGACCAUAGCAUGAAGAAGGCUCACAUACCAAUGCAAAACCCACGAAUUGGUUCCGUAGCGGGGGUCUUUGGAGGCUGAAAGCUGACUUUGCAGUUCGAGCACAGGAGCCAGCUUGGCUCCAGAGCAAGCUGCCAAGACGUUCAACGACUAUGUUUUCAAUGUCGAU